GAACAGGCCCUAAAUGACGGAUCGCUGCGUUUUCCGCAUCGCCGCGGUUAGUCCGCUCGCUCAGCCAAGGCCGCUGUCUAGACCGUAUUUGACUUCGCCUGUGUCUAUGCCCGAUGCGGAAACGCUGUGGUACCACCCUUGUCAUGCAGCGGCGACGACGUCUCCGGAUCGGUAUCGCUUCCAUGGCAGUAGUGGUGCAGCAUGACACCGACUCUGCGCACCGCGCCCUCGUCGCGAUUUACUCACGCGUCGACGUCCUCCUCCGCAGCACGUCUCAAAGCUUCCCCGACGUUCUCGCCUUCGUCCCCGCAAAUACCGCCUCAUGCAUCGCUACGCGCUCACGCUCGCUCCACCGGCAUACUGUUGCUCAUAUUCUUGCUGUUCGCAGGCCCCGGUAGAAGCCGCGAACAUCACUUGAAUGCAUGCGCGCGCACGCUUCCCCAUAUACGACGCAGGCUGCGUCUCGCUUCGUCUUCCCAUUGCGUGCUCCAACGACGUCUCCGAACGCUAUCGGUGCUAUUCCUGGGGACCGCUGGCCGCCGCGCAGUGAUGCGAAGCAGUGGGUCUCCCACCGUACUCGUGACUCAAGUCCAGACCCAAUGUCCACUAGCAUUGAGUGGACUGGGUUCGCCGGCGGCACGCAGGCACGUCUGGCAGUGCCCAAAUACGAGGGAGCAUUGCCUUGAUCGUCCGAGACGUGCGGUGACACAACGUAUAGAAGCCAAUCCUCGGCUGGGCAUUGCACCACAUGUUCUCAUCUACCGCGUCCAGGACGCAUACGAACUCACACCCUCUGUUGCAAACGAGUAUGCGGCCCUGCACACUGUAUUGCAUUGGGAAAAAGCCUAUUCGCUAUACAGGCCCCGAUGACGCGGGGGCAUUCGCGCGUGCGAGUCAGCCUGUAUUAUGGGCGGCCAGCGCGCGCUUGGCUUGCAU